AGGUCCGAGUCGGUGGGGCCCUGAAACUCAGAGAGAAGGAGGAGAGAGGAGGUGCUGAAAGGGGCUCGAUACCGCCCCCCCAGAAAGCCUGGAAGAAUUGCGCUCCGUCAGUGCGUCCUGCCUGCCAGUCGGAGGAUGGGGAUUUUUUUUUCCAUUCACCACGUCCCCCUUUUCCCUCCUCCUUCUCUCAAACAAGCCAGUCGGUCUGUCAAUGCGCUGCGAGCAUUAGGGCAAGUCAAACCAGUGGGAUUUUGAGGCAGAGAGACGGAUGAGAUAACGAAUGAAGCGCUUUCCUCUGGCCGAGAAGCGACGCGUUCACCUCUCCGAAUGAUGCGCUGCAUCAGAUAGGCGUCAAUUUCCAACGGGGACUUACGCUCACAACUCGCAUCUUAUUUUUAUUUAUUUUUUUAUUUUUAAAUCACUUCACAAGUUUCACGUUGGUCUUUGUGCGAGAAUAUUAGAAGUGGAGAUGCUUUUCUAGCUCUUUGGUUUGUUUCUCGCAGUUUUCUUGUGUUGUAGCUUGAAUUCUUGGACUUACCGUUUGGAUCCUGAUUUUUUUUUUCUUUUUUCUUUUUCUUUCAACGAAAGCGUUGCUGAAGGAUUUGCGGAUUUACAAACCGUGUAUUUUACAAAGAGGAGUAUAAGGAUUGUAAUGCGCAUUGACUAAGCCCACCGAGCAUCAACAUGUCUUUAUGAGGAUGGAGCUGUGGACAGGAGUGACAUCUUUUCCAUUUUAAACGCGUUGCCUUCACAGUUUUGGCCUGAUCUCGACCUCUUCUUUCAAACAGACUUGCAAUAUUUCUUCUCAGCCCUGCCUGAUAUGUUGGAAGGUAGAUCUUAUUGCCAGAAAACAAGGUAAUGGGAGAGAAAUCACACAGAGUCGGCUCAGACAACAAGGGAACAUUGUUCGGAAAAAAGACAAUUAGGGCGCACCGAAAGGCAACAGAAAUAGCUCUUGGGUAGCGUUAAAUUUAAGAAAAUUCGAUUCAGUGGAGUUAUAUUUAAGCCGAGGAGCACAGGUUUGGAAAAUCGAGGACUGAUGACAAAUUAAUGGGAAAGUCAUGGGAUUGGCACUGAAAUAGUACGAUCGUGGACGCGCAGAAAACCGUCGUUUUCGGUAACCCAGACGCACGGAUUGAACAAGUUUGUCCUGCACAUUUCAGAGCUCGCCUUUGCUUUGAUCCCGUACAAAUUUGAUGAAUUGUGGAUCCAUGAGGUUGUUUAAAGCAGGCUUUCACUUCUCAUUUUGACUGCCUCUACCUAUAAGCCCGAUCGGCUGUAGUCGCACAUCCAUUGUUUUGAGAGUCGCUUUUGCAACAACAUUAAAAGCAAAGAAAACACAGCCCUUUUCUUUUAAAUGGGGCUACAUAUGCUGGGUAUCAGGGUUGAAAUGGCGUGUCGAAGAAGUGGGAAUGGAUUGGGAAUCCUGCUGAUAUUCUUACUGGAUUUAAUGGGGACGGCGGCCAGCAAUAUGGAGCCCGUCUACUGGAAUUCCCUGAACGAAAGGUUCAAGGACGAUAAGGGCUACAUUCUGUACCCUCAGAUCGGGGACCGGCUGGACCUCAUCUGCCCUCCGCUGGACACGGCCAGGUCCACGCCAGAGUACGAGUUCUACAAGCUCUACCUCGUGUCGUCGCGGGAACAGGCGGACCGCUGCGAGGUCACCGGACCCCCAAACAUCGUGCUGACCUGCGACGAGCCCACACGCGAGCGUCGAUUCACCAUCAAGUUCCAGGAGUUCUCGCCCAACCUCUGGGGCCACGAAUUCAAGAGCAUGCGCGACUACUACAUCAUCGCUACGUCAGAUGGGACACGCCAAGGCCUGGAUAGCAUGAGAGGUGGAGUGUGUGCCACGCAAGGCAUGAAGGUGGUUCUGAAAGUGGGCCAGAGCCCAUAUGGGCUACCUCCGAAGAAGGAGCCACCAGCGGGACGCACUACCAACAGAAACCCAGGCGGCACGGGGAACUCCACCCAGUCUCGAGGACCCAACAGCUUUGGUGGCGAGGGCGGUGGCGAGAAUGGGCCCCUUCAACCCUCGAACAUCGCCCUCAUCGCCGGCACCGCUGGAGGUUGUACCUUCCUCCUGCUGGUGACUGCCGUGAUCUGCGUGGUUUGCUACAGGCGGCGGCACGCCAAGCACUCGGACACCCACCACCCUCCGCUUUCACUGUCAUCACUCACCAGCCCAAAGCGGGGAGGGGGCGGGGGCAUCUCCAGCUCCAACAACAAUGGUUCAGAGCCCAGCGACAUCAUCAUACCCCUGCGGACGUCGGACUCAGCCUACUGCCCGCACUAUGAGAAGGUGAGCGGAGACUACGGACACCCCGUCUACAUCGUCCAGGAGAUGCCGCCCCAGAGCCCGGCCAACAUCUACUACAAAGUAUGAGACCGCAGCUGCUCCAGCCGUCUGGACACAUCCACCUCCCUCUACCCAUUACCAACCAAUCCCCUAUUCCAAAUGAAGCCACAGCAACACUCGCCCUCACACCUCCAACCCUGAAUACUACAGUAUUGUCCCAUGGACCUCCCACUCAUUGCCCCAUGAGCCCGUCCACAGUCGUGUUUCUAGAUGAAUAAACCACCCCACCCCAUUCUCACACAACUGGGCCACCAAGUGUGUGUUAAGGGCAAUGUCGUAUUCGUACACGGCCCUUCUUAACAAGGCCCUCACUAAUGGGCAAGAGCCUCUGAGUGUCCCCCUUCUUGAGCUCAGAGCUAAAUGAGCCCCACCCUACUGAAUUGAAGAGUUGUCCAUGUAAUGCCAGUAUGUGUAUGUGUGGUAACACACUUUAUUUCUAGGAGUAUGGACCUGGCAUUGGGAGUUGAGGUGUUUUACAACAGAAAAAAGAACGAAAGAAAAGGACUACAACAGCAACAAAAAAAACAAAAAACUACAUACCCCGAUCCCUCUUAGCGCUGGAGAACUUUAAUCCCUAAAGGCCAUACCUGCCUAGCUCACCGCCCCACCCCUCAGAGCUCCAUCAGCCAACCAGAGACCGGCCCCUGCCACUAACUCACCAAUAGGGUUCUAGUUUAUUUGUGUUUGUUUCUCUUGAGAAAAUAGGGGCCUCGGACUCACCCAAUCAACAAGCCUGGGCGGCAGUUACAAGACCAGGCCCAGGCCUGAGGAGGUCUGACCAAUCGGUGACACUCAGAAUCUUGUAUAUUUUAAUAAUGUGAUGUGUGUGUGUGUGUGUGUGUGUGACUGUGCGAGUGUGCAUACGACUUGGAUAAUAAUUAUGGCGCUGCUGCUGCUCCACAUUAGACGUGUGUGUGCAGUUAGUGUGCUUCAGUACAGCAAGUCUGCAUAUGAGUUUGCAUAUGCGCGUGUGGGGUUAUUUCGCGUGUGUGUGUGCGCUUUGUGUGUGAGUGAUUGUGUGUAUGUGUGCAUUCUUUAGACUUGUCUUAAAAACCAAAACACAAAAUAGUGAGCGAAUAUCAAAAAAGUGAGAUUUUUUAUCGCUAUCAACACUUAUAGAUUAUAUAUAUGAAUAUCCAGUACAUAAUUUCUAGAUGUUCUUUUUGGUUUUCUGUUGUUUUAUUAUUUCUACCCAUUCUGUUAAACUACACUUCUGUUGCUAGACAUUUUUUAUCUGAUUUAUUUUGUUUUUCACAACUUAGAAUGACCUUGUUUCUUUCCUUUUCCCUUUGCUUUGUGUAUUAAUUUAAUCCCUUUUUUAAAUUUUCCUGGCGAGCAGAGGUUGUGUCUCUCUUCCUCUCUUCCCUCCCUCAUUCACUCCCUCCUUCCCUCCCUCCUCCUUCCUGUCCCGCCCCCUUAGGGUCUCUGAACUCUGUGUAUAUUUUUAUAGCUCCUUGUACUAUGCUGUAGUUUUGAAGUUUAGACCUCAUUUGUGGAAGUGUUGAGGUAGAAACAUCUAUGAAAGUUUUUUUUUUUUUUUUUUCCAAACGCCUUUUUUGAAACGCAGAAGUGAAAAGAAGUGAGGGGUGGAGGGGAGGUGGUGAUAGUGGGUAAGGAGUGGGGGGCAAGAGGGGAUGAAAUAAAAAAGAAGAAUAAAGGAAAAAGAACAGGGCGAGAGAGAGUGCUGUCUGGGGAGGAGGAAUAAAGCGGCGUCUGAAUGCAGAACUUUUUUAAAAAUAAAGAGAGAAAGAGAAGGAGGGAGGGAGACGAAGAAAGAAAAGACUGAAGGAAUUGCACACUAAAGAAAAAGAAGCCGAGGGGAAGGGAGGAUGGGAGCAGCAGGAGAAAGAGAUGAAGGAUCCAAGGAAGGAAGGAUGGAGAGAGCAGAUGAAAAACUGGCUGGCAAAGGAGAGAAACCUUGUCUUUGAAUGGAGGGUCUGAGCCUCCUGAACUGAGGCAAUGGACCGACAGCCAGAAAAAAACGGAUUUCGGAGCAGUUGAACUUUAACCACGGAAAGGAGAGAUCAUCACAUACUCUCUCUGUCUCUCUCUCUCUCUCUCUCUCUCUCACUCACACACACACACAUACUUGAAAACACACACGCACACAUCUACCAUGAUUCGGUCAUGCGCUGUUAAUGUGAGGUGGCACAUUUCAGAUUUGCUCUUUAUUUCUGCCCAAAUUUGUUUUGAAAUGCAUCUCUUUGUAUCACACACACACACACACACACACACACACACACAUGCAUAUUCUUUUAGGAACACACAGUUCACUUCUAGCUAUGGACACACACACACAUACGAGAGAAAUCCCCCGGGCAGCCACUACACUCUGUUUGACACGUACACACAAACACACACACACCCUCCCACACAACCUAACACAAAUUUCACACCUUUUAAUGACUGUCACAAAUGCCUACUGAUUGCAUUGAGUGACAUACAUUCUCCCUCGCUCCCGCUUGCUCUCUCUCAAACACGUCCACACACAGACACACUUUCUCCCACACUCGACAAAAAUGCUGAUUGCUUUCAUAGGACUCUGUAUUUCUGUGAUUAAGACUAACCCGAUGGACAUGGGAGGGAUGAAAAGAGCGCUUGUGUGUGUUCUCCUCUCUUACACGCACACACUGACACAAACACGCCAGUGCCCAGCACCUGAACCUAGAGGGCAAUAACACAAUACUGUGUUCAGAGGUGCAAUAUGUUCACAUGUGCAUACUUUAAAAAAAAAAAAAAACGUAUUAAAAAUACUGUUUUGUGUUGUUCAAACAUGUUUAUGGCUUAUGUGUAAUCUGGGUGACAGUGGAGAGCUUAAGCUUUUUAGUUCUUUCAGACACAUACAUAACACACACACACACACACACACACACACACACACACAGUGAUGUAGCCAUGUUUUCUGUGCGAAGCCAGUGCUAAAUCUGGACCUUACAACAUUUCUCAACUGUGUUUUGUAUCAGUAUCUAUCAUCAUAUAAUGAGAUAUCUUUCAUGAAGUGUCACAUUCGUCUGAAAUGACUUUGUUCAACACAUGCUGAUGGUGUUCGGAUAUGUUUUAAUACCAUGAAUGAGUUUGGAUUGUAUUUGACUGUAUCGAAAUUGUUUUCAAAGAUGAAAUGAGAGGGAAAACACCUCAAAUUCUUCUUUAUGUACAACUACCGACUUGUGUUUUUUAUGUAUGCUGUUAAGUCUAUGUCUAUUUAAACAUGCUCAGAGUACCUAAAGUAUCCUCCAAGCCAAAUGAAGUGUCUGUUUCUCUCUCUUCAACAACUUCUGCAACUCUUUGGAACACUCCAAUCCAAAAUGACAAUAUUUUCUUCACGAAAUGGCCGCCACCGCAAGGGGGAGAACAAAACUUCUCGGACAUCGUGGCGUCGACUCCAACAAAGGAGCCACUGCCCUGUUUUAAGUCCAUUUCGCUCCCACUCCCCCCUCCCUCUCAGCAGAAUGUCAAGUAUCUCUUGGACUCAGUUAUUAUUUCUUUUUAUUAUUAUUGUUUGAUCUUCAUGUCAAUGUUAUUUCAAAGUUGUGUCUCUGGCUCUCACUGUUUGUGUUUGACUGGUCGACUCAACGUGUUGGCUUUUUCUAAAAACCACGGACACAGCCACUGGUUGUUAUGUUGAAAAGAGAAAGAAGAAAAGUGCUGUUUCUAUGGAACGGGGCAGAGAGAGAGAAAAAAAUAAAAAAAGCAGUCGCCGCCGAGCUCCCUCACCUCUCCGCUGGUGAAAGUUUGUGUGUAUGUGUGUACAUGUGUGUGAGUGCGUGUUUCUUUGUGCCAAUAGACAGCGAGCGGAGGCCACCGAGCGAGAUUGCUCUCGUAUCUAACGUGACUUUGUAUUUGGGACACCUCUGUGUGAGAAGGGUUUUUUUGUGUCCUCUCCUCCUCCACCUCCUCCUCCUUUCCUUCUUACCCACUUGUCUACUCAUCACAACAACCCCUGACCCCCCCUCCCUCCUUCCCUCCCUCCCUCCCUCCCUCCCCUGUUCCCUUGCCCCUCCCCCCAACACACCUCUAAAGAGAGGAAAAAACUAGUACAUUCCUGGUUUGGAAAAAAAAAGGUUGAAUAAAAAAAACAAACAAAAAUGU